CGUCUCUUCUACGUCGGGAGUCGGACGAUCCAUCCCGCUGCCUCGGAGACCUAACUCUUUUCUAUUAAGUAUCUUAAUCUUUUAUUCAUCUUAAUAUCUUAAUAAUCUACGCGUUUGUACAGAGACGAGCCGGCACAAUCAAAACUGAUUCGACAUGAGUCAGAUGAGGAAUUCCGUCCCCGAAGCAUCCACUCAGAAGUUGCAUGGCUUAAUAAACCAAGGAUCAACGUGUUACCUGAACAGCGUGCUGCAGGUGCUGUUUAUGACUAAAGACUUCAGAGAGUCUGUGAAGAGAUGCCCAAAAGACAAAGAAUACAUCGAUCCCCAACUUCGUAACUUGUUUAAGAACCUGUCGACACGCACUGCACGAACAGUAGAAGUUACAGAGAAGUUGGAAAUCGAAAGAGUAAACGAACAGCACGAUGCUGCCGAGUAUUUGGAGAAGAUUUUAACCCAGACCAGCGAUGAGGCGUCUCAGAUAUUCAAAGGAGAGUUGGUACACAGGACUGUUUGUGAAUGUGGUGCAGUCACUGAUGAGAAGAAACCUUUCUGGAAUCUUCCUCUUCCUCUGAGGAGUUCCUCUAAUAGAAACUACAGCGUGGUUGACGGGAUUGAGGACUUUUUCAAAGUCUCACAUUUGGUUGGAGAUGAUCAACUGUUCUGUGAAAAGUGUGAAUCCAAAAGUGACUCUACUGCUGAAUGUGUAAUAGAGCGUCACCCCGAGGUUUUGAUGUUGCUGCUGAAAAGGUUUGAGUUCAACUACCAUCAGAUGUCAUAUGUGAAAAACAGAUGUGUUGUGGAGGUUCCCCUCACUGUAGAGAUACCACAGAAUCACAAAUAUAAACUUUAUGCAUUUGUGGAACAUUUUGGGAGUCUUAGAAGUGGACACUACACCGCAACCAUAAGGUCAAAGGAAAACAAGGACAGUUGGUACAACUUCAAUGAUUCCAGUGUCACAAAGCUUAACAACCAGCCAUUCAAAGAACGCAGACUUGAAAAAUCAGAGAGUGCCUAUCUUCUGUUUUAUCGAAGCAAAAAGGAUACUGAUCUCCAAAACAACACAGACCUCUCCAACAAUCCAAGGCCUCCUCUGGACAGCCAUACAAGUAGUUGUCAAAGGGGGAGCAAACGUAAAAAGUUUGACGAAGAAGGAGACAAAAAUAAAACUAAAAAGACGACAACCGGUCCACGUGACAAACCUACAGAUGGAUUACCGGACAUCUCUGUUGAACACGGUCGUGAGAGCAAGCUUCGUAUCGAACAGACCAGUAGCCAUGUUUGUGCUGAAGAGGUUAAAGGUCUGUCUGGUCACUCCCGUGGUGUUAAUGUGGGCAAAAGGGAUCUUGAACACAAUCAACAUAAACAAAGAAAUGUGGAAAAUGAAAACCAAAGGGGAAAUGUACCUGAUUCCUCAGUUGUUCUAAAGACGCAAAAAUCUACUAAAGAGUCUGACCGAAGCAGUGAGACUGGUCACGCUGGGCGAGAAGAGGAAAGAAUAGGUCAGCAGAUGCAGAAGAUUCAAGCUGGUAGACGAGAAUCAAGAGAUCACCGUCAGGGGAAAAAUUCUCUUCGAUAUGAAAGAGAGGCUUUUUCUGAUGAACAAAAUGGAAGCAAACCCCAGAGGGAAUAUCGGGAAGAUGAGCAGAUUCAAGGUCAGAGAGGAAAAGAGGGAAGGAUUAGUGUGAACAGAGAUGAAAGAAGGGAAAGAACACCCGAGACAAACCCGCAUCCGUAUGAGAGCAAAAUAACCGAGCACUGGAAAACAUCUUCCAACAUUCCCACUGAGAAUAUGAAGCCUAAACCAGCGGCACAUCAUAAAAACAAAAUCAGCUCUGUGGAAUUAAACAGUGACGAUGUUGAAGGAAUUCUGCCUAUGAAUGAUUCUCCCACACAAGCAGGGUCAGAAACAGAAGAGGGAAGCAAACAAAAGGCCGUUAUCGAGGGAAACGAGAAAACUCAUCGUUUUUGGCGAACAGUUCGCCGUCGUUUCAACUGCAAAAAAACUAAGAAAAUUCAAGCUGAUAAACAGAAUGAAAAUGUGGAAGAGGCCGUGGGUAUGAUCCCAAAACGUUCCAAUGCCAAAAAAGAGAAAGGCACGACCUGUUGUUGUUUUUGUUAAUGAAUUUAGUUUUUGUUUGUUUAGAAUGAAUUGCAUAAUGACACCAUAAAAUGGAACAUUAUUUUGGUAAAGUACUCAAUUAUUCACUAAUGGUAAUUAUUCAAAUGAUCAUAAAACUUUGUUUCUCUAAAAAAUGUCCUAACAUUCCCCGACAUUAUUCCUCCACGUUGGUUGAAACAUAAUAUAUGGCUGAGGAACGAUCAUUUUGUUAUGAACAUAUUUAGAUUUAUGCACAUUUUUCCUUUUCUGUUUUGUGCCUUACUGCCAGUUUAUGGUUCUGGGUGUAAAAAGUUUCUAAUAUAAGAUUUUUGAUGAAUCUUGGUGUUUAUACCCUUUAAAAAAGCACAAACCAUCAUUAUCCAACAUUACUGGUGAUGCUGGAUAAUAAAACAUCUAGAUAAAUUGUGUCAGACACUGAAAUGCCAUUGUAAAAAACUUGUGUUAUUUAUUUGUUGUGGUUUUCUGGUUUCAUUUUCAAAAGUUGGUUAAAGCUGUAAUAAGAUGGACUUGUUUUAAAAAGGAAGCCUUUACUUUUGUUUCUUCACUGUUAACCUACAUUUGCAGAACGUGUUUGUCAUUAUGUUAUUUUAGAGGGCUUUGAUUUCAUGUUUAAUCAUUUUCAGUUAAGAAAUUUGAAAUGUAUCAAAAUAAACUCCUGAAGUCUA